UGACUCGAGGGUGGUGUGAGAAACGGGUGAGGGUGAUCAGACCAGCCCGAGGUUCGGUUAUGAUAUGUCAGGGUCCGUUCUUGCUCCUAACUUGACCUAACGAAUAAAGAGACCAGCCGCGUGCUGCUCUUAUUUCCCCCCACCGCAGCUUCCGCUGGUCGCGACGUAUCUAUCAGUCAGGCCGUCGCAGCAACCACGCAUGGCAGGCGCGACAGGCGCGAGCGGGGGAGGGAACAUGAGUGGUCGAGGCGGGGAAUUGUCGAGUCGUAGGGUGGUCGCAGUAGGUCGCACGCCGCAGAGGGAGUCGCGCGGAAUGGGAUUAGGCGACGCAAGGGACAGCAGGGAGGAUCGCCGCGUGAACGGGUGGAGGAGCGGCGAGGCAGUGCGGGCGGGAGAUGGGAGGGAGGCGAGCAGCCGGGAGAAGAAGAAGCGCGUGUCGCGGGUGGUGCGGACGGCGUGGGUCCAAUGCGACGACGCCAAGUGCAAGAAGUGGCGCCGCGUGCCGGCGCAGAUUGCGCGAGCCAUGAGCAGCAGCGACGCCAGAUGGUUCUGUCGCAUGAAUCCUGACCCCGCCUUCGCCAGCUGUCGCGUGCCGCAGGAGAGCGACGACGCGAACGACAACGACGACGCCGACGACGACGACGAAGCGGAGCAGGACACGCGGGAGGAGAGCGUCGCGGGGGGGAAUAACAGCAGGAGCACGGGCAAGCGCGCGUGGAUCCGCAUAGUGGAGAACGAGUACCUGCACCGCCGCCCCAAGCUGCAGCGCACGGACGAGGUCCUCGUGUGUCAGUGCGUGCCGCCGCCCCCCGGGCGCCGCGUGACGGGGUGCGGGGACGCGUGUCUGAACCGCCUCGUCAGCAUCGAGUGCGACCCCAAGCUCUGCCCCUGCGGCGCCGCCUGCGCCAACCAGCAGUUCCAGCAGCGGCGGUACGUGAAGGUGGAGAUAGCGCGGUACGGGCGCAAGGGGUACGGCGUGCGCGCGCGGCAGGGCGUGGCGGCGGGGCAGUUCAUAGUGGAGUACGUGGGCGAGGUGCUCAACCGCAAGGCGUUCGCCGUGCGCCUGGAGGAGUACAGGCGCGCCAAGCAGCGCCACUACUACUUCAUGACGCUCAACAACAGCGAGGUGAUCGACGCGUGCCGCAAGGGCAACUUCUCGCGCUUCCUCAACCACAGCUGCGAGCCCAACUGCUGCCUCGAGAAGUGGAUGGUGCGGGGCGAGCUGCGGAUAGGGCUCUUCUCCCUGCGCCCCAUCAAGGCGGGCGAGGAGCUGUCGUUCGACUACAACUACGAGCGCUUUGUGGGCGCGCGCCCCACGCGCUGCUACUGCGGCAGCCAGGCGUGCCGCGGCGUGCUGGGCGGCGCUGAGCUUAAGAAGCCAAGAGUGCGCCCCGCCGUGCGGCGUGCCGUGGAGGAGGAGGAGGCGGAGGAGGAAGAGGAAGAGGAGGAAGAGGAAGAAAGUGAGAGUGAGGAUGAGAGUGAGAGUGAGGGUGGGAGUGAGAGCGGGUCUGGGAGUGAGAGUGAGUGGGAGGAGGUGUAUGGCUCAGAGGAGGGGAGUGAGGAGGAGGGAGCGGAGGAGCAGUGUGGGUACGGUCACGAUGCAGUGGGUGGGAGCAGGCGGGAUGCCACACAUAUGGGGGGGGAGGGGGCACAUGGAGCAGAAGGAGAGCAGGCGAGCGAUUCGCGGAGGGCGUGGGGAGUGGGUCUAGCGUGGGAGGGCAAGAGGGCGCGGUCACGGCCCGCUGCCACCCACCCCAGGUCCCACCGCUCUGCGCCCUCCCGCUGGCUCCUCUCCUCCCCGCGCCCCCCUACCUCCUCCCACGCGCGCCCCCCCUCCUCUGCCUCUGCCCGCCCAAGCUCUCUCGAGGCGGUGGCAGGAGCAGGGGGAGAGGGGGGGGUGGAGGAGGCGUUGGAGCUGCUGCUGGACGGCAACGACGCGCUCAUUAAGGGCAAGAGCACGGCGCGGUCGUUUGUGCGGCUGCUGAUGCGCGCCACCUCCUGCGGUGACUUCUCCUCUGGUGUCCCCAACUUCAGUGCAAAGGAGGUGUCGCUGCUGCUGGAGGCGCUGCUGCGCACGUCGUCGAGGACGCUGCUCAAACACAUCAUCGCCACCAACGGGCUGAACGUGCUGCAGAUUCUGGGGCGCAAGCUGCAGCACGAGAGGGAGCGCGUGGCCAUCCUGAGGAAGCUGCUGCGCGUGGCGCACCACCUGCACGCCACUGCCGCUCUCUCCCUGCAGGCCGCACAUGCCAUCCCGCCCACCGCCAACGAGAGCUUCUCGGCGCUCAUCGGUCGUCUGCGCCGCCACCGGGACGCGGAGGUGCAGCGCCUCAGCGCCGCCCUCUCUGCCCUCUGGGGCCUGCCGCCCCUCCACCCGCGCCGCCGCGCCGCACACCUCUCCCGCUCGGGCGACCGCGGCUGUGGGCCGGGCGAGGGGCGUGGGCGCGCGUGGGAGGGCAGGGAGGGCAGGGGGCACAGGGCUGGCAAGGGCAGGCGCAUGCAUGGCAGGAUGGCAGGUGCAGCAGAGGUGGCAGGUGCAGCAGCAGGGGAGGGGGGGAAUGCAGCCGUGGCACAUGCUGCCGCGUCUGCAGCAGCCGCUGUGGCUGCAGCAGCGGCGGCGGCAGCAGCAGCAGUUGCCAGAAGCCCAGCAGCAGCUUCACAGCCUCCCCACCGACACACUUCCUCCCUUGCAGAUUCUGUCGCUGCUGCUGCUGCUGCUGCUGCUGCUGCUGGUUCGUCUGCCUCUUCUCCCCCCGACCCCUCUUCAGCCACAGCCACGACCGCAGUCGACCCCUCUGCCUCUGCCUCGGCUCCCGCUCCUUCGCCUCUGACUGCUCCCCCCUCUGCUGCGGCUGAUUCCUCCGCUGCUGCUGCUGCUGCUGCUGCAGCUGCCGCCAGCAUGCCCUUCCUGGCGCACACGCUGCGCCACCUGCAGUCGCUGCCACACUUGCACUCAUUGCCGCACCUGCAGUCGCUGCCGAUAGGCAUGAACCUGGGUAUGGGGGGGAAUCUGGGGCUGGGCAUGGGCAUGGGUAUGGGCAUGGGCAUGGGCAUGGGCUUGAACGUCCCCCCCAAUCUGUGCCACCUGCUGCCGCUGGCGUGCCACUUCCCCUUCCACUACUCCCUGCCCCUGCCUCUGCGCCUCGCCCUCGCUCAAGACCCAGCCUCCCUGCUGCUGCUGCAGCAGCAGUCGCCUGCAGCAGCGGCAGCCGUGGCAGCGGCAGCAGCAAUGGCAGGGCCUGGGGGUCUACCCCAGGGGGGUGGAGACGCAGGAGAAGCAGCACACAGGGCCCCUGCUGCACCUGCUGCUGCUGUUGCUGCUGGUGCUGGUGCUGGUGCUGGUGCUGCUGGUGCUGGUGCUGGUGCUGGUGCUGGUGCUGCUGUGACUGUUGCUGCUGCUGCGGCUGGUGAUUCUGGUGGUGAUGGGGAUGGCGAUGGUGCUGCAGCUACCAAUGGCAGCAGUGCUGCUGCCAGUGACACUAGUGCUGCCAACCCAUCCCCAUCCACGCCAUGUGCCCAUCCCCAUGGAGUGCCAGCUGAAGCCCCACCUCUCGCUGCAUCGCCCUCCCUCCCCCCCUCUGCGCACCCCUCGCACUUCUCUGCCGCCACCACGGCGGCAGCAGCAGCGGCGGUGCAGCAGAUGAUGCAGCGGCGGAUCGGCCUCGCCCUCUCCCACGCUGUCUCCCAAGCCACCGCCGCUGCUGCCGCUGCCACUGCGGCUGCCAAGGCUUCCGCCCCUUGCCAACUGCCUGCUGUCCCGGCGUCUGCUGCCCCCUCUGCCCCGCCUGCUCCUCCCGUGCCCGCCUCCUCCGCCGUGCCACAUGCCACUCAACCCCUCGCCUGCCCUCCCUCCUCUCCCUCCGCCCUUCCUCCCUCACAACCCUCCCAUGACCCGACACCUGCUGCUGCUUCGUCACCCUCUCCCCCAUCCCCCUCUCACAAGCUCUCCUCCCCCUCUCACCUCACCUCUCACCUCACCUCUCACCUCACCUCUCACCUCACCUCUCACCUCACCUCUCACCUCACCUCUCAGCAUGCCUCCCCGCCUCACAGCCCGACCUUUCCUGCCCCUGCUCCGUGCCCUGCACCCGUUGAUGCUGCUGCUUCCAAGGGGCCAAAGAGGAGGCACGCGUGGAGGAGCGUGGGAGCAGAGAAGGAAGGAGAGAAGGGAGGGGAGAAGGAAAGGGAGAAGGGAGGGGAGAAGGGAGGGGAGAAGGGAGGGGAGAAGGGAGGGGAGAAGGGAGGGGAGAAGGGAGGGAAGGAAGCAGAGAUGGAAGGGGAGAAGGAAGGGGAGGGCAAGGUGGGUGGGGAUGGAGUGGGGAGGCACGUUCCAGGGUGUGGUGGGUUUCCAGCUGCUCAACUGCUUGCACCAUGCGCCUCUGUAUCUUCUUCUUCUGCUGCUGCUGCUGCUGAUGCGGCUGGCACAGCGAGCGGGGAAGCUGGGCAGAGGACGGAGGGGUCAGCAGCAGCUGCAGCAGUGCCCUGUGCUGCAGACCACCCGCCACGCUCCCCCCCUGCUGCCGUGCUCACAGCAUGUGCAGCAGGCAGUGGGGGCAGCACAUGGCAUGGAGUGGCGGCACAUGCAGCAUCAGGCGCAGCAUGUGAUGGAUCGCAUGCCACGUGGCAUGGUGCAUCAUCAAACGCCACUCAUGCCAUGGAUCCCUCGCCUGGCUCUAUCACCCUCCCUUUUGCCGCCACUGCAGCUGCUGUUGAGCCUGGGUGCAGUGGGGUGGGAGCAGAGGUGCCCAGUGAGAGGCGGGGAGAGCAGGGCAUGGCAGGGGAGUGGAGGGCAGGCACGGAGGGGGCAGGGGCACGGGGUGUAGGGGAGCAUGCUGAGGGGGGUGUGGUAGCAGGCACCGGUGCAGGUGGCGCAGGUGGUACAGGUGACGCUGCUGUAGAGAGCAGGACAGCAACAGCAGCAGCAUGGGCGAGCGGUUUAGGUGGGUUGGCUGCGGUACGUGAGUGGGAAGGAGUGAAGACUGCCGCGGCACCCAUGGCGCCACGGCCGCUGUUCAAGUGGGUGGUGCGGGAGAUCCCCGCACAUGAGCACAUGCACGCAGGCGCCGCACCGCAUGCUGCUGACAUGGCUGGUACGGGCAUGGCUGGUGCAGGCAUGGCUGGUGCAGGCAUGGCUGGUGCGGGCAUGGCUGGUGCAGGCAUGGCUGGUGCAGGCAUUGGAGCACUGAACAGUGGUGGAAUGAUGUGGGAUGGGGGAGUGCGGUGGGGGGAGAGAGUGGGAGGAUUCGGGUUUAUGCAAGGGGCACAAGGGCUUGCCGCAUAUGGCAUGGCGUAUGGCAUGCGGUCAGUGCAGCAGGCAGCAGUGCAGCAGCAGCAGCAGCAGCAACAGCAGCAGCAGCAGCCAUACGAUACAUGCAUUUAUGGAGAUGGAGCAGCAGUGGCAGCAGCAGGCAGAGGGAUGGGGUACACGCAGGCAGCAGGGCCAUGGGCUAUAGAGCACGGUGGGUGGCAUGGGGCUCGUGGUGGAAACGUGAUGGCGGGAGGUGUAGAGGCAGAGGAAAUACCCUCUCAUGGACCAGACUCAGUGCAGGUUUCUCACACUGCUAACAACGCCACUGACACCGCUUUUAACACUACUAAUACCGCUCAUAACACCACCGACACCGCUCAUAACACAACUGACACCAGUUACAGCAUGGACCUGUCGCCGAAUUCGACUGAGAUGACACUGGAGCUGACUAGCAUGGGGCUAGGUUUGACUGACAUGAAACCAGACUUGACGAAUCUGGUUUCAAAUGAGUUGACUAACAUGAAACCAACAGCUGUUGACAUGAAACCAGCAGCUGUUGACAUGAAACCUACAGCCGCGGAUAUGAAACCGACAGCUGUUGACAUGAAACUGGCAGCUGUUGACAUGAAGCCAACAGCUGUUGACAUGAAAUCAGCAUCUGUUGACAUGAAACCAGCAGCUGUUGACAUGAAAUCAGCAUCUGUUGACAUGAAACCAGCAUCUGUUGACAUGAAACCAGCAGCUGUUGUCUGGAAGCCGACAGCUGCUGAUACGGCUGAACAGCAGCCGGUACCCGGUGGUAGUGUUGACACGCAACAGAGGGCAGGGAAUGCGGCUGAUGCGAAGGGGGGGGAGUAUAGCAUGACUGACAUGGAGCAGGGAGGAUUUAGCAUGGCUAACAUGACGCAUGCUUUGCCACAGCCGCAUGUGGGCCACGAUCAUGGGGAUGGGCGAGCGCCCGUGAUGCGCACGUUGAGCAAGGACGGCAUGGCCGCGUGCGAGCACAGCUGGCAGCGCUGCCCGAGCCACGUGCAGCAGCAGGGGAAGGCGCAGGAGAAGCAAGGGGCGCGGUGGCAGCAGCAGCAGCAAGGGGUGGGGCAGCAGAGCGAAGCGGAGGCGGAGAAGCAGGAGUGGCGGCAGCAGGCACAGCAGCAGCAGCAGUGCGUGAAGGAGGAAAGGGUGGAGAUGGCGGGGGGGAGGGAGAAGGACGCAGGCAUGGAUGCAGGCAUGGUUGCAGGCAUGGAUGCAGGCAUGGUUGCAGGCAUGGAUGCAGGCAUGGAUGCAGCGAGCCGGACGCAUGGCGAGGCGACGACGGCCUCUGAGGGCCGUGAAGGGGGCGGAUGGAGGGAGGCGCAGGAGGGUGUGGCAGCGAAGGGAGGUGUGGCAGCGAAGGGAGGUGUGGCAGCGAAGGGAGGUGUGGCAGCGAAGGGAGGUGUGGCAGCGAAGGGAGGUGUGGCAGCGAAGGGGGCGGCGGCACAGGAUGCACGGUUGGUGGAAGGGGCGACGAGGCAAGCAGAGGAGGGGCAGCAGGGCGAGACGCAAGGAGGGGCGAGCAAGGCACAGAGCGAGGGGGAGAAGUCAUGUGCGCUGCGAGGGGGGAAGAGGGAGGAGGUGGACGGGGAGAGCAGAGAUGCUUUGGAGAGGGAGGAGCAGGGGCAAGGAGUGGCUGAGAUGGCAGCUCAAGGAGAAGGGGCAGGAGAGAAUGGGAAGCAUGGCGAGGCGGAGGGAAAUGUGGUGCAGGCAAAGGGGAGGAGGGUGCGAGGGGGAGCAGCCAAGGCACAGGAGAGGCUGAGACGCUGGCAGCAGCUGCAGCAGCAGGCAGUGCAGGCAGAGCAGGCGGACAGGCAGGGUGGGACGGAAACCCAGGCCGGGCAGGGUGGAGCGCAGGGUGGGGUGCAGGGUGGGGUGCAGGGUGGGGCGCAUGGUGUUGGUGAGGCUGGUGGGCAGAGAGAAGAGGAGGGUGUGGGCGCCAGUGGAGAAGCAGGCUGCACCGCAGCAGAGGCGCUACCAAAGGGGAGAGAGGGCGCAGGGGAGGGACAGGGGGAGAGGGAGAAGGAGGGGGUUAGAAGAGAGCGAGAGGGCACAGAGGAGCGAGGGGUUGCGAGGGAGCAGAUGGGAAGGUCGGUUGUGGAUAGCGAGCUUCAAGUGCAGCAGCAACCAGAGCUUCAGGUGCAGCAGCAACCAGAGCUACACCGGCCAGUUGUGAGCGUCCUAAAUCAGGGCCUUGUAGCACCACCUGUUAAUGCUGCUGCUGCUGCUGCUGUUGGUGCUGGGUGUGGUGGUGGUGGUGGUGGUGGUGGUGGUGGUGGUGGUGGUGGUGGUGGUGGUGGUGGUGGUGGUGGUGGUGGUGGUGGUGGUGGUGGUGGUGGUGGUGGUGGUGGUGGUGGUGGUGGUGGUGGUGGUGGCAGCACUAGUGGCGCCACUGCUGGGCCAUCAGCAGCACAGCCGCAGUCACUGACAAGGUGUCAACCGUCUCCUCCGUCCCACGCACAUCCAAACCCUGCCGCCCAUCUCUCGCCACCAUCGCCUCCUAUGCUCUCCUCAUCAUCCCCCCCCAUCCUCUCAUCGUCACCCCCCCCCAUCCUCUCAUCGUCACCCCAGCUCGUGACAAGGUCAACUCUCAUGCAACCCCAUGCGUCCUCCCCUGUACCUCCUUCCCCCCUGCCCUCCAUGCCCCUCCUGCCUCCCGCCCACCCCUCUACGCCCACCCAUACCGCCUCUUUCCCCAACCCUCCCACCCUCCCUCCCGCCACCUGGCCCUCUCCUGCCCCGCCUCUCCCUCCCGCAUGCGCGCCUCUCCCUGCUGUGCCCGCAUCGCGCCCGCCGUUCAAGCUCAAGUGGAGCGUGCGCAUCAUCACUGCUGAUGCACCCGCCGCUGCUGCCCCCGCUGCUGCUGCUGCUGCUGCAGACCCAGCACCGCCACAUUCCCUUGAGGCAGCCCCCAUGCCAGCAGCAGCAGCAGCAGCAGCAGCAGCGGCAUCGGCAGCAGAGGAAGCGGCAGCAAGAGGGUGUGCAGCACAGUGGCAGGGGCAGGGGCAGGGGCAGGGGCAGGAGGCACAGCAGCAGCACAUGCAGGUGCAGGCGUGGCAGCAGCACACGGAGCACACGGAGCACACGGAGCACACGGAGCACACGGAGCACACGGAGCACACGGGCCGAGGGCAGCACAGAGAUGCGCCUUCAUGGCUUUCCCGGGCCUCUGGCGCCCCGCGCUUCACCUGCAACUGGCAUGUGGAACCCGCCCCACUGCACGCACCCCCUCGCCAUCCCUCUCCUCCCCCGCCUCUCCCCCUGCCUCUUCCUUUCCCCCUCAUUUCCCCCGUCUGUCUCCUGCGGCACCUGCUGCCCUUGCUGGGGGCACUUCUUGUGCCCACCCAAACGCCCUGUGCGCGCUGUCGCAGCAGCAGGUGCAGUGUCAACUGGAGUAUCAGCAACAUGAACAUCACGAGCAUCAUUAUCAUCACGAGCAGCAGCAGCAGCAGCAUGAGGCCACCCAGUGUGCAGGCGAGGAUCCUCCCUCCCUCUGUCCCAUGGCACCGCCUCACUCUGCUCCUCGUGCUUCCCCCACUCACUACCCUGCUCCCUCUUCCAUUCCCUCCUCCCUCGCCUCGUCCUUGCCCUCGGUCCUGACCUCCUCUCUGCCGCUCUCAUGGCGCCGUGCAGGCCGGCCCGUGUGGAGCGUGAGCACCGUGGCCGUGCCCGCUAGCCCCUGGGGCGAACAGCCCGCUCUCACUGCAGCACACGGCGCGGCUGAUCUCUGCACCGCUGCAGAUGCCACACAGCAUCCCACGCCUCAUGUGGACGCCUCGCCCAACCAGGCACCCUCUGUGGCACCACCUGAGCCACCAUCCUCCCUCCACAUGUCUCCUCACCCCCCUCCUUCUCACCCCCUGCCGCCUCUUUCCCCAGCGUCGUUCCACCCUGCACCAGAUGCCACCUGCCCUGCAACUUCCACCACCACCCUUUCCUCUCUGCAGGCCAGCACCCUGCCUCACGCACCCACGUGCCUCCCCCCCUCUCCUGCUGCAUCCCUUGCCCGCUUCCCACCCGCGUCUUCCCCUCCCCCUCCUCCCCCCCCACCUGCCU